AUGUGUAUCUCUGUGCCGUAUAAACGAGAUUGAAGCCUAAGGGAGUAUGACUUACAAUCUGUUCCCAAAGUAUAGGUUCGACAUCAAUUUAGCUUGAUUAAAUUCUCCAGGAGCACGUCUUGAUUAAAACUAACCAAACUAGAGAACUUAAAAGGGUGGCAUAUAUUAGUCUAAACACCAAUCGUUCAACAGCACAAAUGGUAGCACUUGUUCGAUGAUGAGAACACCGAACGCUUCAGUAUUUGCAUCCGAGAACCAAAGCCGUGAUUCGCGUCUGAAAUUCUGAAUCUGUUUUUUGCUCGAUUGGCAAGACACAGGUGCGUUCCGCCUCGCGUCAGUCUCGCUGCAACAAACCAAGGUGGGAGUGCGACGGUGCGAGGCCCCAUGGAAUGCAAUGGAAAGCACCGGGUGCCCGUCCCGUCCCGUCCGGGGUGCUCUCCUCUCCCUCUUGCUCCCUGCCGCGUGCCGCUCCUUUCACUUUCUGCCGCUGGUAUUCUUCUACGGAGAAAAGGAGUGGCAAAGGAUCUCACAGCCGCCAAGGAAAGCAAAGCAAAACCGAGUCCACAUCGGUCCAGGUCCACUUGACCACUACCGCGGCGACCGCACUCCGCACCACCAAUCAAUCAGGCGCUGGAGUGACAGCGGCGGCAACACCACGCCCACGCGGCUGCCGGAGCCGACCCCCCGAUGGAUCUCCCGCCGCUCUCCCACCAAGCGCUCUUCGCCGCCGUCCGAUCCGCCGACGCGGCCGCCGUCCGCGCGCUCCUGGCCGACGCCGAGGCGUCGGGCACCUCCCUGGCCGCGCUCGCCGCCGCGCAGACGGACGCGGGGGAGACCGCGCUGUACGUCGCCGCGGAGGCCGGCAGCGAGGAGACCGUGAGCCUCCUCCUCCCGCUCUACGACCUCGAGGCCGCCACCGUCCGCUCACGCCUCGAUCUCGACGCCUUCCAUGUCGCCGCCAAGCAGGGCCACACCGGGGUUGUGAAAGAGUUUUUGGGGCGGUGGCCAGGGCUUUGCUCAGUCUGUGACUCUUCCAACACUAGCCCCCUCUACUCCGCUGCUGUCAAGGAUCACUUGGAUGUGGUAAAUGCUAUACUGGACACUGAUGAUAGCUGCAUAAGGAUUGUGCGGAAAAACGGGAAGACAUCCCUACAUACUGCUGCAAGGAUUGGAUACCAUCGUAUUGUCAAGGCACUCAUAGAGAGGGAUCCAGGAAUUGUUCCGAUCAAGGAUAGGAAGGGACAAACUGCACUUCACAUGGCUGUGAAAGGCAAGAACACAGAUGUAGUGGAAGAGUUACUGAUGGCUGAUGUUUCCAUUCUCAAUGUGCGGGACAAGAAGGGAAAUACUGCUUUGCACAUAGCUACACGGAAAUGGAGGCCCCAGAUGGUACAGCUUCUUCUUAGCUACGAAUCACUUGAAAUUAAUGCUAUCAAUAUUCAAAAUGAAACAGCUAUGGAUUUGGCUGACAAAGUUCCUUAUGGUGAGUCUAAAACGGAAAUAAUAGAGUGGUUGACAGAGGCUGGUGCAAAGAAUGCCAGAAAUGUGGGGAAAAUUGAUGAGGCAUCAGAACUGAGGAGAACUGUGAGUGAUAUCAAGCACAAUGUUCAGGCACAGCUUAGCGAGAAUGCUAAGACCAAUAAACGAGUGACUGGGAUUCGCAAAGAAUUGCAGAAACUGCAUAGAGAAGCUAUUCAGAACACCAUCAAUUCAGUCACCAUGGUAGCAACCCUGAUUGCCUCCAUUGCCUUCGUUGCCAUAUUCAAUUUGCCAGGUCAAUACUUCCAAGAUGUGAAUAGCGGGGGAGACAUUGGUGAGGCUCAAAUAGCCAAGCUUACUGGUUUUCGUGUCUUCUGCCUUCUGAAUGCAACUGCUCUCUUCAUUUCCCUCGCGGUGGUCGUCGUGCAGAUCACCUUGGUUGCCUGGGAAACUGGUGCCCAGAAGCAAGUUAUCAAGAUCGUAAAUAAGCUCAUGUGGACCGCAUGCCUUAGCACAGGUGCGGCUUUUAUCUCACUGGCAUAUGUUGUAGUUGGCCCGCAGCAUGCCUGGAUGGCCUUCACAGUAUCAGCCAUCGGAGGUCCGAUCAUGAUUGGAACCCUCCUGUUCCUAGCCUAUCUGUUGUUGCGCCCACGGUUCAAGUUUGGCGAAGACAGACAGCGCCGCAUCAAGAGGGCAAGCGGCAGCAAGUCCUUCUCCUGGUCACUCCAUGAUGGUUUUUCAGAUCUGGAAGCCUUCUCUGAUCAUGAGAAGAAGAUAUAUGCCCUGUAGGAAGGUGUAACAGUAAUUACUCUUGCAUGAGAAGAGGCAAUUGGGAGAGUGCAAAUGGUUCGUGUAUAUAUUUGGUUUAGCUGUUUUAACCUUUUAGGUCUGUGGUGAGCCGCAGUUGGACCUUCUCGUGUACUAUAUCUAAGAAUGAAGAGCUGCACCUAUUAUGAAGUGCAAGUAUAUGACCAAAAGUUACUCGUGUACUGAGCAUGCUUGAAACUGUUGCCGCUUGUGAAUUGGCUACACGUUGUAUCGUAUCAUUAUUCCCCUUCUAAACC